CUAGACUUCUCACAUACACUACUAGUCUACUACUACUGGUAGAUGAUAUUCUGUCUUGGAAACUGUUAGAGCAGAUUAAUGUGUAUUCAAGAUUCAUUCAUUACUCCUGAAGUAGCUUUCAAGGGAAAUAUUUGUUGAUUCCAACUUCAAAGUUGUUGACCUAUCUGUUUCUUGGUCAGAAUGUUUUGCUGCAGAAACCAUUAUCAUCUCAUCCUUCUUCUCCCCCUCUUCCUCCUUUGGCUUUCAAGCUUCACUCAUCUCAGUUCACUUGCUCAAGGAAGAGAGAUACCCAAACAGGAAAGACCUCAUCUUGACGUGAGAUAUGAAGAAGAAAUGAAGGUAAUGAUGAGAUCUUUGAUAGGGUCAAGGCCACCUAGAUGUGAAGUGAGAUGCGGCGGCAGGAAGUGUGAUGGUGGUCACUGUGAAGCUGUUCAGGUCCCCAUUGAUGACCCCAAACACCCCCAGAUCUCAGGAACAAAUCACCACUUCAUCACUGCUGAUCUUCCUCCCCAAGUUAUAGCAUAUUCAUCAAGAGCAGAUAGCUCAGAAAACUACAAGCCCAUGUGUUGGAAGUGUAAAUGUGGCAGUUAUAUUUUCAAUCCAUGAAUGAUGAUGAAGUUAUAGUUAUCUUUAAGGUUCAUUUUGAUGUGUCCAUUAUGAAGGGUAUAUAUAGAGCAGGUCCUUGAACUGAGGACACCAUAUCUGAUAUCUGUCUUUGAAAGACUACUCAUCUGUCCAAAAACAUUCCCAAGUAUCAAAGUAUGGAGUUUUCCUUCUUGGGAUAACUGGAUGAGGGAUGGUGAUGUAUCAUGGAGGCGGUAUAUUUGGUGUAAUUUACCUAUUUGUGA